CAGUCGGUGUCGCCGUGCCCCGGAACGCUGUGGUGUGGUCGGCGCUGCCGUUCUGGUGAGAGAGUGAAGGCGGUGACGGGAGACUCGGGGGUGUGGACUUCUGUGUAUCUGCGUGUUUCUGUGUGUUUUCUGUGUGUAGAGACACGUCAAGGUGGUGAUUUCACUUAUGCGAGCCGGAUAGCCUGGUAGGGUGGCUGGAUCCGACUCUAAGCAAAUCCUGUGGAAGUCUCUAAGGCUGGACGGAGAGAAGUGAAACCCAUCUGAAUGAUCUGUGACUUGACUUACGUGACUGACUAAGAUGAUGUUCUUCAUCUGGCAUCCAGGGUUCGUGUGCACUUCAUUUCAUCGUGAGACGUUCAAACAAGACUAACUUAUAACCCAGACUUACCUAUCUGUCAUAUUUUGUGUCCAUUUUUGUCGAUGUGAAUUUUCCCUAGCCGUAUGGCUCUCUGUGGCUAACGAGUGUGGACAAUGGAGCACCUGCAACUACUAAGUGGAACGAUCAACUCCGCCUGGGAGAGGCUGAGGAUGGGGUUCAGCUCGGCGCUGCAGGGCCGCGCCAGCCACGAGGCGCUGCUCUCACGGCAGGACUGUGAGCUGCGGCUGAUGGACACCAUCCGGCGGUGUCUCCAGCUGCGUGUCCGCUGUGACCGGGAGUAUGCCGCCGGGCUCGGCCAGGUGGUGGCUCAGGCUCAGAAGUGGGAGCGAGCCGAGGACAUGGCCGGCAGCCUCAUUGCACAGGCGUGGUCCACAAUGAUGGACGAAACUGAGUCUCUGAGCCGUCUGAUGCGUGCCAACGCUGAAACCCUGGCCACCACCGUCAUAGACAAGCUGAACGCACUGGCCACAGAGAAGCGAGCCUCUCGGAAAAUCUACCAGGACGAACAGGCUCGGAUGGCCCUGGAGAUCACACGCUACCAAGAGAGCGUCUCAAAGCUGAAAGCCGAAUAUGAGAAGAACCUAGAGGUCUACAAGAUCGCCAAGGCCCGCUAUGAAGACCAAUAUGUCAAAGGAAAGGCCGGCCGGAAACUGGAGGAGGUGAAGGAGCGCUACGUGAAGGCGUGUCGCCGGCUGCACAACGCGCACAACGAGUACGUGCUGCUGCUGCUGGAGGCGAGCCAGUACGAGCGCGACUUCCGCACGGUGCUGCUUCCGGCGCUGCUCGAGUACCAGCAGCUCGUCCAGGAGGACAUGAUCGAGCGCUGGUGCGCCAUAAUGCGUUCGGCGGCGGAGUUGACGAGUUUCAGCACGGAGAAACACCUGGAGAUUCAGAGCCGGGUGAACGGCAGUAUCAGCGCCAUCACCACCGAUGGAGAGUACCGAGAGUUCACCGACCGGCACAAGUCUCAGCCGCCGCCGCCGGUCAGUUUCCUGUUCGACUACCAGAUGGUGGAGGAGUACUCUGGGCGCCUGAAACCGGAGGCCCUGGCGGUGGACGACCUCACCAUCGGCAACCUGCGAAUGCGUCUGGCCGACCUGGAGACGCGACUGGCCGAUGUCCGUACUGUGCUCGCCGAGAAACGGAAGCAGCUCAGCCAGCACGACGCCGAGGUGGAAUGUCUGAAGAAACAGCAGGAUAGCGUGAACCGGCUCUUUGUGAUCCGGCGCGCCAGCGAGAUCCUCCGGAAGGACAUCCGAGAGACGCAGUGCACCGAACAGAAACUCCAGAGACUCACCAAGCUGAUCCGUACGCCGCUAGACGAGCUGGGUGGAGCCGAUGCGCCAAAGGCCGUGGAGGACAUGGGAGACAUGGCCGGCUCUUCUCUCACUCUCUCCUCCAAGUCACACCACCGACUCGCCAACAUGAUCCGCAAACCGUUCCCGUUUCACCGGCGGCCGUCGCCGGCGUCGAGCCCGACGGGCGCCGGACCGACGGGCUCGCCGUCGCCGCCGGUGAGCUCGGACGCACUGGACGACAGUCUGGCGAGUCUGGAGUCUGGGGAGGAGCGGGACGGCGCGCCGCGCUCACCGGCGGCGGCAGCCGACACGGCAGAGGACAGUGUCACCGCCAGCCAGCCCAGCGAGGGAUACCAGACGAUGUCCCCGCAGCCGGAGCGGCCUCUGGUGGACGAGGACUGGUUCCACGGCGUGCUGCCCCGGGAGGAGGUGGUCCGACUACUGGUUAACGACGGCGACUACCUGGUACGACAGACCACCCGGAACGACGAGACCCAGGUGGUGCUGUCGGUCGCCUGGGGCGGACACAAACACUUCAUCGUCCAGACCACCUCCGAUGGCCAGUUUCGGUUCGAGGGUCCGUCGUUUCCGACCAUCCAGGAGCUGAUCAGCUACCAGCACGAGUGUGGCCUGGCCGUCACCAACAAAUCGGGAGCCGUGCUCCGGCAGGCCAUCCUCAGGGAGCGCUGGGAGCUUAACAACGACGACGUCGAACUGCUCGAGAAAAUCGGACGGGGUAACUUUGGCGACGUCUACAAGGCUCGACUCCAGCUGACCAGCGAACUGGUGGCCGUGAAAACGUGCAAGGUGACUCUCCCGGACGAGCAGAAGCGGAAAUUCCUGCAGGAGGGUCGCAUUUUGAAGCAGUACGACCACCCGAACAUUGUGCGUUUUAUCGGCAUCGCUGUGCAGAAGCAGCCCAUCAUGAUCGUCAUGGAACUGGUACCAGGCGGCUCCCUACUCAGCUACCUGCGCAGUAAGCAGCACGGCAGCUCGCUGGACGUGGGCGCCCAGCUGGCCAUGUGUCGGGAUACCGCCGCCGGGAUGGCCUACCUGGAGGAGAAGAACUGCAUCCACAGAGACCUGGCGGCCAGAAACUGCCUCGUCGGAAUGCACAACAUGGUGAAGAUCUCCGACUUUGGCAUGUCCCGGGAAGAGGAGGAGUACAUCGUCUCGGACGGAAUGAAACAGAUCCCCAUCAAAUGGACCGCGCCAGAGGCCCUCAACUACGGCAAGUACACAUCGCUGUGUGACGUGUGGAGCUACGGUAUCCUGGCGUGGGAGAUAUUCAGCCGCGGCCAGUCGCCCUACAGCGGACUCUCCAACACCAAGGCGCGGGAGAUGAUCGACUCUGGGUACCGGAUGCCGGCACCAGAUGGCACUCCGGACGCCAUGUACCGGCUCAUGCUGCGCUGCUGGGAGUAUCAGCCGGAGAACCGGCCACACUUUGCCGAGAUCUUUACCCAGGUGAACGGUCUGUUCAUGGGCGUGGCGGGGCCGGACGUACUACACAACUGACCCGACCUGACCCGACCCGGCCGGGGUCAGUCUGAGGUGAUCCGCUCCCCGGCGUCCGGACUCACUGGGCAGAAGCGAGCGUCAGAUAGGGUCCAUGGGAGUUGAUAAGUCAGAGACCGAACAAGCAGAUCAAAGACAGACGUCAGUCACAGUCUCUGGCGUCGUGUGUGAUGUAGAAUCAUGCGUCAGUGUACUGACGUGAUUAGCGAUGUGAUGACGUUAUUCUACCGUACUGACAUUUGUAUUGUGAUGAUUUUUGACACUACGUCACUGCACUGACGUGUAUGCCUAGGUGACGUAUGUGAUGCAUACCUACGUCACUGUUUUGACAUAUGUGAUGUGUCCACAUCACACUGCGGUGCAGACACAUGUGAUGUGCUGACGCCGUCGGCGGCGCCGGCUCGGUCGUCGCUGCGGCCACAGCUCGAAUUCGUGCAGCUGUUCGUAUGACAGAGUUAUGUGCAGCUGUACUAUGCGUAGAGUGCUAUUUGACGUUGUUUGAUGUCGCUAUACUAUUUGAAUGUCGCUUUUUAUAGCUACUGAUUGAUGUUAGUGUUUUUGUUUUGAAAGCUCUCAUCGUUCAACAGUCAAGCAACGAAUGACGUUUGUUUUUAACGGGGAUGGUGUUGCAUCCCAGAAACGCAUUUUAUGUUUUGAAUCUCUAUUCUGCUUUUAUUCAUGUUGAUGUUUUGAAUUAUUUAGCUAGCGAAUGUUGUUUACGUAUAGGCAGUUUGUGCCAUAGAACCAAUGGACGCACGCCAAGCAUUGGCGCGCAGUUGCGAUCUUGGUUUGCGUAUUCGCAUAAUACGAGGCUUUAACAGAAUAACGACAGAGAUGUGGUGUGUUUUGUGGCGCGUGUGCUCGCUCUGAGAACCUGUCGCAGCUUCGGUGAGGUCCCCCUGACACUGUGAUUAGCGCGCCCCUAACUAACCCCGCGGAUUGCAGCGCCCACCCUCCUCCUCCCUGGCUCCCAGUGUGAGCGUGGGAUCAGGAGCGCGCGUGAGAGCGAGAGCCGAGAGGUACUCGAUGUGGUCCAUAUCACUGAGCUGACCGAGCGGACGUGUUAUGUAGUCUAGCGUGUGGUCUGCGCCGAUCUGCUUAUACAGCUAUCUCGGCGUCUUACUGACUGGAAUCUCAUCUGCCCUGGCUGAGUCGCCACCGGACUAUCCAUUUGUCUGCGACAUUCGAGUCGUCUGUGUAAAUUGUUUGUGCAGCUUCUCAAUAUACACAGAAAAGUGUG